ACACCAACACCAUCUCAUAGUCAAAAAUGUCCGACUUACAUGACUUGUGUAGAUUUUCUACCCGACCAAUAGAUGAAAGCUACAUAACUCAAUUACAUCAUUACCUCAAAAGUGGGAUCCCUGCAACAUAUACCGUUGAAGAAGCCGCUAAUUAUAUCAAUGGCAUCGAAGAGACUCCCAGCACCACUACUACUCCAUUGCAUUUAAUAUGCAUGAAUGUUCCAUUGGGUUGUACUGAUGAGGAAUUAGAAAUUGUGGAAAAAAUGAUUGAGAUUUUGUUGGAGUAUGGAGCCGGUUGGUGCUUUACCGAUGUCAAUAACGAGACUCCUGGUUGUAUUUUGAUUAGAAGAGGGUUGAAGCAUGUUGGAAAAUUGUAUCUGCAGAUUGUUGAUGCUGGGGUGAGAGCGGAAUUGUUGUUGAGAAAAGUAAGUGAUUAUGAUGUGGAAUUUAUUGAUCCUGAAGACGUGGAAGCUCAACAGAACGAAACUGUUGAAAGCGAAGUAGUUGUGGAAAGCAAAGAUAGUGAAAUUGAUGACGCACCAGAUGCGCCAUCCCAAAACCAACAAUCGUAUCUUAAUACCAAAUUAGAAUAUGUUGACGAUGCUCUCGUCACCAAAGACAGAAAAGACGGAGUAAUGAUGGCAUGGGAAUCCGAUUUAAUGAAACUUGGAUGUGAUUCCCUCUUUAAAGGUGCUAUUCUCGAUGGUGAUACCAAGGAAAUGGAUUCAGAAAUCGUUGUUUUAAACAUUGGUUUUGGAAUGGGUAUUAUAGACACUAUGAUUCAACACCAACAUCCUACUAAACACUAUAUAUGUGAAGCACACCCUGAUGUUCUUAAGAAGCUAAAGGACGAUGGUUGGUAUGAAAAGCCAAAUGUUGUAAUCUUAGAAGGAAGAUGGCAGGAUAACUUAGAUGAGUUAUUAUCUCAAGGAGUAUUCUUCAAUGGGAUUUAUUACGAUACAUUCUCAGAACAUUAUCAAGACAUGUUGGAGUUAUUUGACUUUGUAGUUGGAUUGUUAAAACCUCACGGUGUGUUUUCAUUCUUUAAUGGGUUAGGUGCUGAUCGUGAAGUCAUUUACGAAGUUUACAAACAAUUAGUGGAGAUUGACUUGAAAACAUAUGGAUUGGAUGUUAAGUUCACUGAAGUAGAGGUUCCUGAAUCUACAUUGAAAUCCAACGAUAAGAGUGUUUGGGAUGAUGUUAAGAGGUCUUACUGGUCUUGUCCGGUUUAUUACCAUCCCGAAGCUAGAUUCAUAGAUAUAUAAAUUUAUUAUUAUACAAGAGUUGGCUUUGCCAGUGUUUUCUCCUGUUCUAUUAUACAACCUAAUCCAAUAAACGCUUCAUCUAAUGCACGUUCGUAUACAUGAUUUAAUCUCCAACCAGCACCAAGGAAUUCUUUCACCUUUGCUAAUUUGUUCAUAUAUGGAUCGUAGUAACUUCCGUGUGAAUUGUCGGUAUCCAUUAUUUCUUCGGCAUCAAGAACAGGCAACAUGGUGUAUUUCUUAUUAAGAUCACGAUCACCUUUGAACGGCGUGAACGGAGUUUGUACUUCCUCAGGCAAAUGUUUAUGGAAUGGAUUUGCACUGUUGAAUUGACGGUCGAGAUUCUCAUUUAUACUUUGUAAUUGUUUACGCCUAGAAGUUAAUCGGGAUUGUUUUUGAACCUCCAAUUGUUUCAAUAUUUCUUCCGUUGUUUCGCUUGAAGUGGCCAUCUUAUCAAGCAACUUCUGCUGUUGUUCUCGUUGGAAAUUCAAAUCUUCAAGAUCCAUCUUUUCUUGAAUCUUUCGUUUCUCUUGCUUCAACCUUUCCAUAGCUUCUUGAUAUUUCACCAAAUCGGCACUCUUUUCACUCUCCCUCAUAUUCUUCUCAAGGAUCUCCAACUUAUGCUCCUGUUCGUACUUGUCCAAUUCAGCAAGGGUUUCCACUACAUCCACAUCAUUAUUCAAUUUAAACACAAUCUCCUCUAUAUUCUCCAAAUACUGAUUAUACUCUUUCAAGCUGGGAAAAUCCUCCUCGGUCUUAUUAUAUACAUUGCCCACUUUCUUGCGUAUGUCUAUCUCUCGUUCAAUCCUCAAAUCAUCAAACACUUGCUGCUUGAACUUGUUCUUACGCAAAAUCUUGCCACAUUUAGGAUAAGGACAUGGUGCGGGGCCUAGACUGAAUAUUCUGUCUACACAAGAUUCGCAGAUCUUAUGAUAGCAUUCGGGGUUAAUGAGGAAGGUCAUGUUGGGGGAUAAAUAUUUAUCGGUCUUACAGAUCGGACACAUGUCCUUAAGUGCUUCAUCUUCUAUUAUUUCUAGCAUGGUUUCGGUGUGUGGUUUAGGUGUAUGAAUUGAU